UUACUCUUUGCUAUAACUUCCGCACACGAUAGCUAUAUAGUCUUCAUUACGCGAUGCAGUCAGGAAAGAGAACGAGCGGUUGGGCAUGCACAGAUCGUAAGAAUAAAAUUGCUAAAAUCCGAAACCUCGAUGGAUGAUAAUAAGGAUGCGAAAGAAGCAAGAAUCGAACUUGAAUUAGAAAGAACAAACGCGUACGUUCUCUCUCUUCUCAAGGACAAACGACGAUUGAACGCGGAUUUGGAGAACGAACGUAAGUUGUCAAGGAAGUUGAAGGAAGAAUGUUAUGAUUUGAGAAAGAGACUCAGAGAAUGGGAGACAGCAGGGAGUGAUUCGGCCGCUUGCUCUAAUACUAAUUCCCUCGUUAGCGUAAGCGAUCGAGGCGGAGCGGAAGAUCUCGCGUCGAAAAUCGAAGCUCUUGAGAAUAGUUUGCGCGAAUCACGCGCGCAAAUUAUAUCACUUGAGGAUCACAAAACAGUGUUGGAGUCGGAAAUCUUGAGAUUAGCAGAAGCGCUUGGAAAGGACAAUUCAUGUUCUGAGCUGGAGCUCUACGUAGAACAGCUAAGUAUUUACGAAAAUGACUUUCAGAAAGAGAGAAGUGACAAAGAAAAAGCAGAGAGUAAGGUCUCCGAGCUUUCAGAACAAAUCACAGACUGUCAAGACCUAAUAUCGACACUCACCCGUGAGGUAGACAUGUACAAGAACGCUUUUGAGCGAGAGAAAAGGGACAAAGAAGUGGCAAUGAUGCGGGAAAGAAGUGAAACGACCAUACAUAAUCUACCCUCUUAUUCGCAAUCGACACUGCCGAACUUUCCUGGAAAUUUAAGCGAUCAGGCUCGAGUUGCGUUACCCGUAUCCGCGCCACAUCUUCAAGUUGUUUAUCCUAUUGUAGACUCUGGGAUGCAGCAGCAAGACUCCAAGCGAAAAAGGGAACUUCAUCGCAGAGGUGUUCUCACUCGAGAUACCCCUGACACAACGGAUUUCUUCUGUGGUAGCUGAUUUUGAGCUGAUGCGUGUGAAAAAUAUAUUUCAUUAAUAUUAAACUACUACAGUCUGUCAACAAUCUGUAGCUUAAGACUUCCUCAUUGCGGACAUGCCUUCCUUUGUGUGAAAGCUAACCGCAGAGGAUCGAAGAGAGCAGGAGAGCCACAAAACCACAAGGAUAAUCGAAGACAUAUUACUGCUAUGUAUUUUUUGGCAGAAAUUGGACAGCUUCGCUGAUGGUAAAAUGCUCCACAGUAAUAAGAAUGGAUUUAUAUCGAAAACGAGCUCUGCGCGGAAACAGGACUUUUGUAAAUGUACAUUUGCAUUAACAAUCAUCUCAAGCACUAUUACGUGAGAUGUAAAAUCACGAAGAAAAAUAUCAACUUUAUAUGAAAUGAAAUUCAGAAAAUCAGCUUAUGUCGAAACAUGCUGCAGAAAAAAGUAAUUAACUGUAAAUCGUGUUUGAAACCAGCUGGCUGUGUGUUAGGAUUUAAUCGACUUCUGUGUGAAAGUUUUGUACAUACAAAUAAAAAAAACUCGUGCCAUUUA